AUGAUAGUAAAAGACUUACAACCUUUAUCAAUCGUUGAAGAUAGGGGUUUUCGGGAACUAAUUGGGGGUCUGGAGCCCUCCUUUGUCAUACCGAGCCGCUUUACGUUAACUAAUUUAUUCCUGCCGCAAAAGUAUGAACAAAAAAAAGAGAAAUUUAAAAAUUUGAUUUCAAAAGCUGAUUCAGUUGCUCUAACUACAGAAGGAUGGACUGCUCAACAUAGACAAAUGAGUUAUAUUUUUUAUACCGCUCAUUUUAUAACCCCUGAGUGGACUUUACAUUCUUGCUUAUUAGAAUGCGGACAAUAUGAUGAAAGUCAUACUGCUCAACAUUUACAAUCAGAAAUAUUUAGGAUUGCAGAAGAAUGGGGUAUUUCAGACAAAGUUUUUUCGGUUACGGAUAACGCUGCAAAUGUUAAAGCAGGCUUAAGAUUAACAGGAUGGGGUCACAUAGGAUGUUUUGCACAUACUCUAAAUUUAGUUGUGCAAAGCGGAUUGGAAAUCUCAGAUAUUAAACCAUUACGCAAAAAGGUUAAAACGAUAGUGGAACAUUUCCACAGAAGUACAAAGGCGAACAACAAAUUUCUUGAAAUUCAAAGACAAAUGUCGAAUGAUUUAAUAUUAAUAAAUGAUGUUGUAACGAGAUGGAAUUCGACGUAUUUCAUGUUUGAAAGAUUUUUAAAGGUUCGAGAGCCACUCGUAGCUACUUUGGGAAUAUUAAAUAAUCCUGUUCAGAAUCUGUCUAAAGAAGAAUGGCAGUUGCUUAAAGACAUUUGUUUAAUUUUAAAACCAUUUGGGCAGAUAACAACGGAAUAA